UAGUAUUUUAUUAAUCGUCCCGUGAAUCAAGCAUGUAGUCACUUAUUAACGGGACAAAUUGUAAAGACGCGUAAUUACAACUAUAAUAUUCAGUGUCAACAACCACUUGACUUUGUAAGGUUCAUCAGCGCUGUAUUGAACUCCUAUUCUAAAUUUGAUUGUAUGCCCGAUUGGCGCGCGGGAACAGUCGCAUGUCAAUUGUUGGCGGGAACGCGUUGUUUUUUUUAUUUUCUUUUUACGAGUGAUAGUGUAGUGAUGUGCCAUUCGGAUUUUUGAUGUUAACGAUUGCGUUCUUCAUAUUAACCGUUGUUUUUGGUUAUUUUUUACGACAAAUUUUGAAUAAACCACCGGAUUUGGUGGAAAGUCAGAAGAUGUGCGACCAGGAGCAGGCCAGAUGCUCUUCCAGCGAGAGCGACAAUUUCGAGAAAAUCGACUCUGAAGAAGUGCCUGAACAGAAUGGUCAGCCAGGGUUCAUCGUGGGCGAGGACGAAGACGAGGGCCCGGCGAACGAAGGGGGGGAUUUCUUCCCCAACGCACCCCCUCCUAAUCUGAAGCCGAAGAUGACUAUAGUCCAGCAGCUCGCGUUGGCGGAGAAGCGGAGUACCCUCAAGCCGUCUAUGUCCCAGGGCACGGUGAUCCACAGCCAAAGGUUCCAGGAGAAAGACUUCACCGUUGCCACUCCUGAAGAGUUUGUCAAGCGGUUUCAGGGCACGAAGGCUAUUAAUAAGGUUCUAAUAGCGAACAACGGCAUCGGAGCAGUAAAAUGCAUGCGCUCGAUCCGAAGAUGGUCUUACGAGAUGUUCAAGAACGAACGGGCCGUGCGGUUCGUCGUUAUGGUGACCCCAGAAGACUUGAAAGCGAACGCGGAAUAUAUCAAAAUGGCGGACCACUACGUGCCCGUGCCCGGCGGCAGCAACAACAAUAACUACGCUAACGUCGAGCUGAUCGUCGAUAUAGCUAUCAGGACUCAAGUGCAGGCUGUGUGGGCAGGCUGGGGUCACGCCUCAGAAAAUCCAAAACUGCCCGAAAUGCUGCACCGCGCCGGCGUCGUAUUUAUUGGACCCCCCGAAAAGGCCAUGUGGGCGCUGGGAGACAAGAUCGCGUCAUCUAUAGUGGCCCAGACGGCGGAUAUACCGACGCUACCUUGGAGCGGAAGCGGUCUCAAAGCGGAAUACAACAGCAAGAAGAUCAAGAUCUCAUCGGAACUGUUCGCGCGCGGGUGCGUGACCACGUCGGAGCAGGGGCUCGCCGCCGCCACCAAGAUCGGGUUCCCCGUCAUGAUCAAGGCCUCCGAGGGGGGCGGCGGCAAGGGGAUCAGGAAGGUGGACAAUGCUGAUGACUUCCCGAGUAUGUUCCGACAGGUGCAAGCCGAGGUGCCCGGGUCGCCUAUCUUCGUGAUGAAGCUCGCCAAAUCUGCUCGCCAUUUGGAAGUACAACUCAUCGCUGAUCAAUAUGGUAACGCCAUCUCCCUGUUCGGACGUGACUGCUCGAUCCAGCGCCGGCAUCAGAAGAUCAUCGAGGAAGCGCCCGCAGCCAUCGCUAGACCCGAUGUCUUUAUUGAGAUGGAAAAGGCCGCAGUCCGUCUAGCCAAAAUGGUGGGCUACGUGUCCGCGGGCACCGUGGAGUACCUGUACGAGCCCGCCACCGGACAAUACUACUUCCUGGAGCUGAACCCUCGGCUGCAGGUGGAGCACCCGUGCACGGAGAUGGUCGCCGACGUCAACUUGCCCGCUGCACAGUUGCAGAUCGCCAUGGGUCUCCCACUGUACCACAUAAAGGACAUCCGCCUGCUGUACGGCGAGGGCCCCUGGGGGCUGUCGGCCAUCGAGCUGGACGAGCCCAAGCAGCGGCCCUCGCCCUGGGGCCACGUCAUCGCCGCCCGCAUCACUUCCGAGAACCCUGAUGAAGGUUUCAAACCGUCAUCCGGCACGGUACAAGAGCUCAACUUCCGCUCAUCGAAGAACGUGUGGGGCUACUUCAGCGUAGCGGCCUCGGGGGGCCUACACGAGUUCGCUGACUCGCAGUUCGGACACUGCUUCUCGUGGGGCGAGACCCGCGAGCAGGCCAGGGAGAAUCUCGUAAUAGCUCUCAAAGAGCUGAGCAUCCGGGGUGACUUCAGAACCACCGUGGAGUACCUCAUCACGCUUCUAGAGACACCCGCCUUCCAGAACAAUGACAUCGAUACCAGUUGGUUGGACGCUCUCAUCGCUGAGAGGGUACAAUCAGAGAAGCCGGACAUCAUGCUCGGUGUAAUCUGCGGAUCUAUUCUCAUCGCUGACAGCAUCAUCACAACGCACUUCCAGGACUUCAAGAGUGGCCUUGAGAAAGGUCAAAUCCAAGGCUCCAGCCAGCUCUCGAACUGCGUCGAGGUGGAACUCAUCCAUGACGGCAGCAAGUACCGCGUGCAGGCCUGCAAGUCCGGACCCACUACUUACUUCUUAGCGAUGAAUGGGAGCUUCAAGGAGUUGGAGUUCCAUAAGCUGACCGACGGCGGCACCCUCCUCUCCGUGGACGGCGCUUCUUACACCACCUACCUCAAAGAUGAAGUGGACAAAUACCGCAUAGUCAUCGGCAACCAGACUGUUGUGUUUGAGAAGGAAAAGGACCCGUCGAAACUGAGGUCCCUUUCUGCUGGAAAGUUGAUCAACUGUCUUAUUGAGGAUGGCGGGCAUGUGGAUAAGGGACAGCCUUAUGCUGAGAUUGAGGUGAUGAAAAUGGUGAUGACUCUUUCGGCUCCCGAGGCUGGCAAGGUCACGUGGAAUCUCAGGCCUGGAGCUGUACUGGAGAUGGGCUCUCUCAUAGGAACUCUUGAUCUGGACGACCCAUCAUUAGUUACCACCGCAACGCCCUACAAGGGACAGUUCACCCAUGAAGAGAAUCCUAAUCUGUCUGAGAAACUCAGCCAGCAACAUAACAAGUACAGGGCCAUACUGGAGAAUAUUCUUGCUGGUUACUGUUUGCCGGAGCCGUACAACACGCCGCGCUCGCGCGAGGUGGUGGAGAUAUUCAUGCAGAGCCUCCGGGACCCGUCGCUGCCCCUGCAGGAGCUGCAGGAGGUCCUAUCCUCGGCGGCCGGCCGUAUACCUGUCGCGGUAGAGAAGAAAGUCCGCAAGCUGAUGACAUUGUACGAGAGGAACAUCACUAGUGUGCUAGCGCAGUUCCCUAGCCAACAGAUCGCUAGUGUUAUAGACCACCACGCCGGUUCGCUGCCCAAGCGGGCGGACCGAGAUGUGUUCUUCAUGAGCACGCAGGCCUUAGUUCUCUUAGUACAGAGAUACAGGAAUGGCAUUCGAGGCAGAAUGAAGGCCGCCGUUUACGAUUUAUUGAAACAAUAUUAUCAAGUCGAAAGCAACUUCCAACUGGGUUCAUACGACAAAUGCGUGAUGGCGCUCCGCGACAAGCACAAAGACGACAUACAGGUUGUCGCCGACAUCAUAUUCUCACACAACCAGGUCGCCAAGAAAAACCUUCUGGUGACCCUACUAAUCGACCACCUGUGGUCCAACGAGCCCGGUCUGACCGACGAGCUGGCGGCCAUCUUGAACGAGCUGACGUCACUGCACCGCGCCGAGCACAGCCGCGUCGCUCUCAGGGCGCGACAAGUACUGAUCGCCGCGCACCAACCGGCCUACGAGUUACGCCACAACCAAAUGGAGUCCAUCUUCCUGUCGGCCGUGGACAUGUACGGACACGACUUCCAUCCUGAGAACCUUCAGAAGCUGAUCCUCUCCGAGACUUCCAUAUUCGACAUACUGCAUGAUUUCUUCUACCACACCAACCAAGCGGUAAUCAACGCCUCCCUCGAAGUUUACGUCCGUCGCGCCUACACCUCGUACGAGAUCCAGUGCCUCCAGCAUCUGGACCUGUCGGGAGAGCUCAGCGUGGUACACUUUCAGUUCGUGCUGCCCACCGGACACCCUAACAGAAUCCCGCUGAGCCAGUCAGAGAUCGAGCUGGCAUCCGCCGAAGACGCCGAGGGCAUACCGGCCGAGCUCUGCACCGCGGCCAUGAAGAAAUGCCACCACCGCACCGGGGCGUUGGCGGCGUUCGACUCAUUCGAACAUUUCGCGCAAUAUGCUGAUGAGUUACUGGACUUGGUUCACGACUUUGCUAGCACUGCGGCUGUAAGGAGAGAGGAUUUGCAAGCUUUGCAAGAUGGUAGCGAGAGCCGAGGCGACAGCACCAGCAUUAACGUUGGCACGGACUAUAAACCGAAUGAUAUGGAGGAGGCGAACUUGGAGCCCAUCCAUAUCCUGAUGAUCGGAGUGCGGGACAACGGUGAAAGCGAUGACGUGCAAUUGGCUCGACGUUUCGGCGGCUUUUGUCGCGCUCAUCGGCUUGAACUACACCAGAAGCGGAUCAGGCGUGUCACCUUCAUGUCUCUCAUCAAACGCCAAUUCCCCAAAUUCUUCACGUACCGCGCCCGUAACGACUUCACCGAAGACACGAUCUACCGUCACCUGGAGCCAGCUUCAGCCUUCCAGCUUGAGCUGUACAGAAUGAGGAGUUAUGAGCUGGAAGCCCUGCCUACCAGCAACCAGAAAAUGCAUCUGUACUUGGGCAAGGCCAAGGUGAAGAAGGGACAGGAGGUGACGGACUACCGGUUCUUCAUCCGCUCCAUCAUCAGACACCAGGAUCUGAUCACGAAGGAGGCCAGCUUCGAGUACCUGCAGAACGAGGGGGAGAGGGUGCUGUUAGAGGCCAUGGACGAGCUGGAGGUGGCUUUCUCGCACCCGCUGGCCAAGAGGACGGACUGCAACCACAUAUUCCUGAACUUUGGCCCCACCGUCAUCAUGGACCCGUCAAAGAUCGAAGAAUCCGUUCUUGGCAUGGUGAUGCGCUACGGACCCCGGCUUUGGAAACUCAGGGUUUUGCAGGCGGAGAUCCGUUUCACACUCAGAAUAGGGCCCGGUGCCCCAACAAAGAAUGUGAGGCUGUGUCUGUCCAACGGAUCGGGCUACACGCUGGACGUGUACACGUAUGAAGAAGUUUCGGACCCGAGAAUUGGUGUGAUAAUGUUCCAAUCAUUCGGAGCGCGUCAGGGCCCCAUGCACGGGCUGCCCAUCUCCACUCCCUACGUCACCAAGGACUAUCUGCAGCAGAAGAGAUUCCUGGCAACGUCACAAGGCACAACGUACGUGUACGACCUGCCCGACAUGUUCAGACAGGUCGUCGAGAAGAGGUGGCGGGAAUGCAUCGAGGAUGGGAGUGUUGAUGGACCGCCACCAGAUAAUGUGAUGACAGCCGUGGAGCUGGUGGUCGAGCCCGAAGGCGAAAGAAGAGUGGUGGAGGUGACCAGGCUGCCUGGACAGAAUACCGUCGGCAUGGUGGCGUGGCGCUUAACCCUCUUCACGCCGGAGUGUCCCAAGGGUCGCGAUAUCAUCGUCAUAGCGAACGAUCUGACCUACUACAUGGGCUCGUUCGGACCUCAGGAGGACUGGGUGUACUAUAGGGCUUCGCAGUACGCUAGGGAGCUUAAGAUUCCUAGGCUAUACAUCAGUGUAAACUCCGGCGCUCGCAUCGGCGUCGCCGAAGAAGUCAAACAAGCCUUCAACGUGGCUUGGAUCGACGCCGAGAGGCCGGAGCGAGGCUUCAAGUAUCUGUACCUGACGCCCGAGGCCUACAGCCGGCUCGGGCCUCUCGGUUCCGUCAAAACGGAACUUAUUGACGACGAGGGCGAAUCGAGAUAUAAAAUCACUGAUAUCAUUGGCAAAGAGGACGGUCUCGGUGUGGAAUGUCUCCGCGACGCUGGUCUCAUCGCCGGCGAGACCGCGCAGGCGUACGAGGACGUGGUCACGAUAUCGGUCGUCACGUGCCGCGCCAUCGGCAUCGGCGCCUACGUGGUCAGACUGGGCCACCGCGUCAUCCAAGUGGAGAACUCGUACAUCAUCCUCACCGGCUACGCGGCCUUGAACAAAGUGCUCGGCCGCGCCGUCUACGCCAGCAACAACCAGCUCGGGGGGAUACAGAUCAUGCACAACAACGGUGUGACACACGCUGUCGCGCCGACGGACUUGGACGCCGUCGCUACUGCGGUCAGGUGGCUGUCUUAUGUGCCCAAGGAUAAACUAUCCAUGGUGCCAAUCAUGCGAGUCUCAGACCCCAUCGAGCGGCCCGUGGAAUGGAAGCCUCCCCGCGCCGCCCACGACCCGCGGUUGAUGCUCACUGGGGACGGUGCCCGCGCUGGGUUCUUUGAUGUGGGCACCUUCGAUGAGGUUAUGAAGCCGUGGGCACAGACGGUUAUUACCGGACGUGCCCGGCUCGGCGGUAUCCCGGUCGGCGUGGUGGCCGUGGAGACGCGGACGGUGGAGCUGACCCUGCCCGCCGACCCCGCCAACAAGGACUCGGAGUCCAGGACGCUGCAGCAGGCCGGCCAGGUCUGGUUCCCCGAUUCUGCCUACAAGACGUCUCAGGCCAUCAACGAUUUCUCCCGCGAGGGUCUCCCCAUCAUCAUCUUCGCCAACUGGCGCGGGUUCAGCGGAGGACAGAAGGACAUGUACGAGGAGAUUCUCAAGUUCGGCGCGGAGAUAGUCCGCGCGCUGCGGCACGCCACCGCGCCCGUGCUGGUGUACAUCCCGCCCGGCGGGGAGCUGCGGGGGGGCGCGUGGGCGGUCGUGGACCCCAGCGUGAACAGCGCCCGCAUGGAGAUGUACGCCGACCCGGAGGCCAGGGGUGGUGUCUUAGAAGCCGAAGGGAUCGUUGAGGUGAAGUUCAAACAGCGGGACACUCUCAAAGCCAUGCAGCGAUUAGACCCUGAGCUGCAGAGGCUUAUCGCUAGGAUAGCAGAACUAAAAGACCAGAUCGCCGAUCUAUCCAAGAGGUUCGACCGCCGCGGUUCCAUAGACGACGUGCUCGUGCGGACGGAGGCCGGUCGCGAGGCCGAAAACAAGGCGCGGGAGCUCGAAACCGAGCUUCAGCUGUGCGAAAAGAAAGCUCAACAGAGGGAGAAGGAACUACAUCCUAUAUACCACGAGAUCGCGGUACAUUUUGCUGAGCUGCACGACACAGCGGAGAGGAUGUUAGAAAAGGGCUGUAUAUUCGACAUAAUUCCUUGGAAAGACUCCCGCCGCUUCCUAUACUGGCGUCUAAGGCGGCUGCUACUGCAGAACCUGCAGGAGCGGCGCGUGCAACACGCGGUGCGCCAGGCCGCGGAGGACAUGGACCAGGGCGCCGCUGCUGCCGCCUUACGGCGGUGGUUCACCGAGGACCAAGGGGAGACUCAGUCUCACCAAUGGGAGCGCGACAACGAAGCGGUGUCCAAGUGGUUCGAGGCUCAAACGGGCGACGACAACUCCGUACUAGAGAGGAAUCUGCGCGCCAUCAAACAGGACUCUGUUAUGAAUGCAGUCAACUACCUCGUUAUGGAACUCACGCCCUCCCAACGAGCGGAGUUCAUCAGAAAACUAACAGCUUUAGAAAUGGAGCAAUAGAGUAAAUAUACCAGUAGAUAGAACAAAUUAUAUUUAAAGCCAUAGGCGCCAUAUCACUCAACCCGCUCACUGCCCGGGGACCCACACCACUGAAAGUGUUAUUAUUAAUGUUAUAACGUGAAAAAGGCAUUCUUAAACGCAAGAUUAAUUAAUUUUGUAUAAAAUUUGUUAUUUAUUAUUUUUAUAAUUAGUUGUAAAAAAUAAAAAAGCAAUAUUUAUUCCUAUAAUUUGUUACCUUUUUGUAAAAUUAUAACGAUAGGAUAAAUAAUUGUAUGCAAUACUCAUCCUUUUUGUAUAACGAUUCAAAACAAAAUUAGCGUCACUUUUACAAAAUCUGUACACCGUUUCAACUGUAUAUAACAUGGCUGAAAUUUAAUUAAUUCUGGUUUCUAAUUUGUAUGCACUUUAACUAAGUGUAGAUUUUUAAUUAGUUUUAAAUUUAGGUCCGUCCGAUUCAAGACUCAAAGUCAUUGUGGUGUUUUAAGGAUUAUACUAAGAAACAACCGUUUUACCAAUAAAAAAAACUAGAACAGCGUUGAUAAAAAAAAACUACAACCAUAAGGGUUUUUGGGUAAGAGGAGUAUAAACAAUAUUUUUAUGUUUAUCUAGUGUUGUUAGGAACUAGUCUAAAACUGAAGUUCUCAAUUCGUUUUUACGAGACUGCGCUCAAAAAACUUUCGAGUCUUAAAAACUUUCCGAGUCUUAAGUCCCUGGCAAGCUCGGCCGAAUUUCACCUUCCCAUACAAACGGAGUUACGUUCUCAUUUUAAAACUACGUGUUGGUUUGUAAUAAAACUUUGCACAUACAAUGAUAUGAGGUAUAUCUAGAUCUGUAAUUAGUUAUAUAGCUCCAGUCUAUAAAACAAACGAAAUAGAGCAAAAACAAGGUUUGUAUGAAAAACUUAAAUUAGCUGUAUUUUUUUUACUAUGGUAUCUGAAGCUAGAUAAACUAAUUACAGACCUAGAUAUACCUUAUCCUAUUGUAAGUACAAAAUUUCAGAGCAAUCUAGUUAGUCGUUUUAAAAUGAGAGCGUAACUACGUUUGUAUGGAGAACCGAGCUUGCCUUGCUCAAGUCCCGAGUUGAGUCUUUCUUAAGCUCAACUCAAAAGGCCUCGAGCCUCCGAAUAAAGAUAUUAGUUAGGUUGUUAACAGUAAAAAAAUAAGCGUCUGUAUGAUUUGUGUAGCUAAACCACAGAAUAAAUAAUAGUACUACCGUACAGAAAUGACACUUCGUACAAAACCGAAGUUUGACAUCGAUUCAAGGACGAAUUAUAGUGUCCCUUGCUAAUGUAUGGCACUGUCCCUUUCGGCUAUUUAGGAUUGUCAAAAUUCAAGUCAUUAUCUUAUCUGUGGUCGUGUACGCAAACCGACGUCAAGUUGUGUCAGCCCUAAUGAUUGCUCGGAGCAAUGCUUAGCCGAACGGAGCCGAGAAUGCCCGAAAGGAUCAGUGACGCCCCACUGUCUAAAAUGUGAAUUUUAUGUAUAGUAUUUUUUUGUAAAAUUUAAUGGCUCUCUCUACAAAAGACUCGAGGAUCUAACAAGUUGAAAUAAACUUAAGUUUCGACUUUAUUUUAGUCUGAAAAACUAAGUCUUAACCUUUUCGACGCCAACGACGGAUAUAUCCGAACCGCAAGUCCAACGCCAAAGACGGAUCCGUCACAGACCACAGAGCAACAUAGACCUACGUGCGUAUGCAUAAAGUUCAAUUUCAAUUUUGACACUUCGGUGACGUGGCAACAGGGCGGACACGCUAUACAUCAAAAAUCACUUGCGUUUCUAUGUGUGAACGGCACGUCUGUACACGCGUCAUGCGUCAUAGUGUAAGUUGCUUAAAAAUAGUACUGAGCGGCCGGCAAACGGCCGUCAAUCUGCUGUCGCGGGACGAGGGCAUUCGAGUCGGGGCGGGGCGGUGCGUGGCCGUUCUGUAUGAUAAUACUAUUACUUAUUCUGUGACGUGGCUUCUGAGCGACAGGUUUUGUGUUUGACACGGCGUCGAAAAGGUUAACAAACAAUAUGUAUAUCCAAGGGUUAGCGUAGUGUAUAUAGAUAUGAACAAAAUACUUUAUCACGUAUAUUGUACUGUUAAUUAGAGGGUAUAAACCAAAAAUAUUAUAUUUUCUUUUAAUCUCAUUCAUCCCUGUAGAAGGUACAAAGUUUACAUUCCUUACAUUAUUUAUAUUUCUUAUAGACCUUUUAGAACAUAAAAGGUGCUAGUAUGUAAUCACAAUUUUGCAAUUAAAAUGAACAAACAUGUAUAAAUGAGUUAAUUAUUUUAAUUAUAUAUACCACUAGCUUUUGCCCGCGACUUCGUCUGCGUGGAGUUAGUAAUUUGGGUAGCUUAUAUUUUAUCCAAUCUGCUUUUUAUCGAUUCCCCAUACAAACUUCCACCCCCUUAAUUAAAUGUUGCAAAAUGUACAGAAUUCAGUUCUACCAGAAUAAUCACAAUAUUUAUGCAUGUAAGCACUAGCAUGUAGGCUCUUAUUACAGGGUAGUUAGGUUUAAUUUUGCUAAAUUUUCAUGUGAUUUGUUACUGAUAACCUCCUAAGGCCCAAGGUCCUACCUAUAGUACUUCUUCAGUUCGAUGAAAUUUACUCAUUACUAAAUUGGAACGGAGUCGCCCCUUCUUUGUUUCGUUAAAUUUUCAAACAACGCAAAAUCAACUAUUUCCUAUACUAUAGGUUCAAAUUUCAGUGGCAAAUAUUGGAUUUUUCAUUUGUAUGGCUGGGCCUUAGGCCUGAUUUCCUACUACGCUGAUGUCGAUCGCUGACGUCGGUCGAGCGUACCGUCGGAAGAAAAAUCUGCCGCUGACGUGGGGCCCAUAGAACAUUUUGUCGAUUCGUACGCUCGACCAUAGAGUAACUUAUACUAGAGCGGUACUGUCAUAGUAAAUUUAUUAACCACAGUAAAUUCACUGCCAUCUGUCGACACACUUUAAAACUAAAAAUGAAGAUUUAUAAAAAUACGAUAAAAUGUAUUUAAAUAUGGAUAAAUGAUUUUUUUUAUUUGCAUUAAUUAUUUUUAUGAUUUUGACCCAUGUUCUUUCACUGAUAUGCGUUAAAAUUGUUAAAUAACAAACGAAACCGUCAACGCCAUCUAUACGACAGUAGGCCAAAGCUAGUAGCGCCCUCUGAUCGAGAAUAAAAUUUUCAUAAUUUUCGAGGCACGUUUUUUCCUUAGACUGUAUCCAUCUAUUACGGAGUUAUAUCUAGCCAAAGCUCGAACGACGUCAGCGACCGAUGUCAGCGUAAGAGGAAAUCAAGCCUUAGGAUAACUGAAAAUGAGCUUAUAAUAUUAAUCAGGGUUCGGUGAGAAUAUUUUUAUUCUAGAAAUUGUUAGUUUAGAAAUAGUUUUUAACUUAUUUGUUAUUAUAAUUUGGGGUCCAUUACUAUAAUUAUAAGAAAUACUAUAAUGUCUGCUUAUAGUCUGGGUCUAUUGUUUCCCGUAAAGUUUUAAGUCAUAAUGUAUUGUUUGUCCGCAUUUUCGUCAGUCAUAAUUUGGUUUUUCACAGAAACGCGUUUUCAGGAUUGCCAUAAAACAAACCUAACCUAACCUAUCUAUUGGAUAACCUUACGAAAAUUCUGAAAAGUUAACUGUUUCAGAAUUAUGACUAAUGAUAAUCUGACAAUGAUUACAUUAUGACUUCCAAUAAUUAUGUCAAACAAAGGGAUCCCUUAUAGUCUAUUUCGAAACUGCGCAAACUGCUUUAAUAUUACAUUGGUGGCAAACAUGGCUUGACGGUAAUCGGUUAUCGUAGUCCAUGGAUGCCUGCAACUAUUGUCGAUCCUUUCAAACCUGUACUAUUUGAAUUCAAUAACAAGGAGCAAAAGGAGACCCUCAAGCUUGCCUAUACUUUCAAAAUUUCAUAUUUUCGUAUGAUUUGUACGAUAUCGCUUGGGCUCCUCCCCUCCGACAUGUCGGAAGCCGGUGUUGCUCGAGGUAAUGGGCAGUUGAUAUUUUGCAUAGACAUAGUAUAUACAGGUAGUUAUAGACGCGCCACCGUGCGACCGGGGGUAAGAGAAAGAAUAUUCAUAUAAAAUUUGGGCAGCAUAGGAUUUUUUCUCUUUCACUUAUAAAUUUCGGUAUUUCGCAUCGCCUCCUACCUAUGAUGCCACCCGGUCGGUGAUAAGGACAAAGCAUGGCACUAUUUUCUCUUUCCACUUAUAUGAAUCGCAAUAAGACUAUCUUUCUCUAUCAAAGAGUGUCAGGUCCUUGAUAUUUUGCAAUACUAAACUUGAUCGUUGUACAGUUAACCGUUUUAAAGCCACGCGUAUCGUGCGCGGCGCGUGCGUGAACGUGAACCUUGUUAGAAUGCACGAAGGUCGAUAUUGGACUGCAGCUGCGCGCGUCAUUUGACGUCUUUGCCGGUCCGGCUUGGCCACGACAUCGCGAGGCGGCGGCAGCGGCGAGCGGCGGCCAUAGGUUGGAGCGAGACACAGCGAUCGGACCAUUCGUUCACACCUAUGGCCGCCGCUAGCCGCUGACGCCACCGCGCGAUGUCGUGGCCAGGCCGCGUAAAGGUUAGAAAACAGUUUUGAAAUAGAGUAUAAUUUUAUUAAACAUGUCGAUCGCACGAUAUCUAUAUGUUCGGACGUAUCGUGUAUAAUGCAAUAGAAAUUGUUUUCGAUAUAGCAGUCUUAGUCCCCGGCAAGCUCGGCCGAAUUUCGUCUUCCCAUACAAACGGAGUUUCCUUCCCAUUUUAAAACUACGUGUUGGAUUGUAACGAAACUUUGCAUAUACAAUGAAAUGAGGUAUAUCUAGGUCUGUAAUUAAAUUAUAUAGCUCUAGUAUAUAAAACAAACUAAAUAUAGCAAAAACGAGAUUUGUAUGAAAAACUUAAAUUCACUUUUUUUUACUAUCUGAAGCUACAGAAACUUAUUACAGACCUAGAUAUACCUUAUCCUAUUGUAAGUUUUAGAGCAAUCUAGCUAGUCGUUUUAUAAUGAGACCUAACUACAUUUGUAUGGAGAACCGAGCUUGCCGGGCUCUUAACAUUGAGGUGUGCGAGCGGGACGCUAUAUAGCGCUGUCUCGCUCACACACCGCGAUGACUGCGUAUAUCUAAUGUCGUAGGUAUGCUUGUAUAGGUGUUUGUUGGUUUAUAUGCAUGAAGUUUCCAAUAAAAGGCUGUUAAAAA